CGACAGGGGAGGCCGAGCGAGGGCCUGGCCGGCGGUCUGGAGCUCGGAGCGUCCCGGCUUCUUCGCUCCAAUGUGGCGCGUUGGACGCGCUUCGACAGCCGCGGCCGCUGUUGCCAGAGGCCGAGCGGUCCCGGCGCCCGGAAUGGUAACGGCCGCGGCAGGGUGGUGGCGGCGACGGCGGCUGAAUUCCGCUUCCGCCGGCGGCGGCGGCGAUGGAGGCCUGUUCCUGCCGGGCCGCCCCAGAUGCCGGGCUCUGCACCACUCCGCUCCUCUCUGCGGCUCCAGGAACCUGCUGAGGAAGUUCCUCCAUAAAAAGAAGAAGAAGUUUUGGUAUGAUAGCCCUACACUGGGAUCCUUUCUGGUGCAGAAGCCAUCCAACUGGAACAGUGCUUUAAAGCUUCCGCCGUCAAAAGUUAGAAAAGAAGACAGCAUACGCAAAAGAACCCUAGAUGUUCUGCUGUUUAAGGCUGUGAGGGAUGUUUUGAGUACUUGUGAUGCUGGUGAGGAUCUUUACAAUCUCAACGUAGAACUGUCUAAAGGAUCCCUUGCACCUGAUUUUACAACGUGUCGUAUAUAUUGGAAGACUACUGGUAAUACAGAACAGGAUGACCACAUUGAUAAGGUUCUGCAGCAGCGUGCUCCAUGUAUAAGACACCUUCUGAUUUCAAAUCAGGUCAUAGGAAAUGUUCCUCCAAUAGUAUUUGUUAGAGACAAAAUGGAUGUUGCAGUACAAGAGAUUGAGCGGUUAUUGGCAAUUGCAGAUUUUGGGCCUGCAGAAGAAGAAAAUGAAUUGGAUCAAAAUGAUUUCAGCAAACAAGGAUCUGGAAAGGCUGAUGUCUCUAUGGACACCUCAGAUCCUCCCAUGCUUUCUAAUCUGUUUGGGAUUGAUCAUGAAGAAUUAAAUAAGCAGAUACUUGAAUACAAAAAAAUGAGAAAGGACAAGAAAAUAGAAGGGAUUGGACUGACCCAGCAGCAGCAGGAGCAACUGGCUGAGAUACAGAAGCAAAAGAAACUGAGAAGGAAGAAAACCAGGAAAGCCUCUGAUGAUCUCACACCUGAGAAAUAUUUAAUGGACAAAUACGAUGAAGACUAUUGGGACAAUGAAGAUAAAUCCUGCCAAGAAAGUGAACUGGAAUAUCAGUUACAGGAAAUAGACAAUGAAUUGGAAGCAGACAGUAGAAAUACAAAACUUAAGUAAAUUUGGAAGAACACUGGCUCAGUUCAGAUACCAUGUGUCCCCCAAGCUGUUAAAUGAUUUAAGCCUUCUUCAGUUUUGGAAAUGCAGGCAUUUAUCUUGUUAUACAUAGUAGGGAAAUGAAUGGUAUGUGUAGAAAUCAACAAUGAUUCAGGAAUUGCUUUUGAAAAACAGCUGGUGUUGCAAGAAAGAUUAAACACUGAACCUCUGAGGAAUUAAGAGAGUUGGAGGCCAAGACACAGAAACUAAGAGCAUGAUUUUGUCCCAGUACACCACUGGGACAGCAUAUGAUGGUGUAUAAGGCUUCCCCAGUACUGGUGGAAGGAGAGAACUGGGAGAGCAGAAAGAGAGAUUAGGAUCUGUAAGUAUGAAGUUCCAAGGGCUGUA